CAUUAUCUUCAGGCAUUUUACAGGAAGCCUACUCACCUCGCUUCAAGCUGGUGAAGGACCCCAGGAUGUCCAUGCUCGCUGAGCCCCGGAGGAAGCAGAAGUGGUCUGUUGACCCCAGGAACAGCGCCUGGAGCAACGAUGACUCCAAAUUUGGCCAGAAGAUGCUGGAGCGAAUGGGCUGGUCCAAGGGCAAGGGCCUGGGCAGGACUGAGCAAGGCUCCACCGACCAUAUCAAAGUAAAAGUUAAAAACAACAGCUAUGGGUUUGGAACCAGUGCCAGCUAUGAGGACAACUGGAUUGCUCACCAAGAUGACUUCAAUGAGCUGCUUGCUCAGCUGAACAACUGCCAUGGUCAAAAUAACAGCAAUGAGCCUCCACCAGAUGAACAAAAAGGCUUCAGCUUGGAAGAGAAAUCCAAGACCUCCAAAAAGAGGGUCCAUUACAUGAAGUUUACCAAAGGAAAGGACCUGUCCUCCCGCAGUGAAACAGACCUGAAUUGCAUCUUUGGAAAGAGAGCCCAAUCUGGCAAAGAACAAGAGCAGGAGAGCAACAGCAGUGAUUCUCAGGGAGAGACGGAGGAGAAGGUGACUCCUGCUGCUACCGAACUGGAUACGGAGUCCAUCGCCAACACUGUGACCAGCACUCUCACUAUGCAGGAGUACUUUGCGCAGCGAAUGGCUCAGCUGAAGAAGGCUCGGGGACAGGACCCAAGUGCAACAUCCAGGGCGGACGCAGAGACCAGCGAGACGUCAACUCCAUCCGAGGAACCCAUCCACAGUACUAACAAUGAUACGGAGGAGCCUAGGAAGAAAAAGAAGAAGAAAAAGAAAAAGGCUAUGAAUGAGUUGGAAGUGGUAGAAGACAAUUGUAGUUCUCCCAUUGUAGUGGAAGAGGACGAGAACCAAGAGCAGGAACGUUUAAAGAAAAAGACGAAGAAAAAGAGGAAAAUGGCAGAAAACAAAGAAACUACAGAUGAGAACUGCAGCUCCACCUCUGGUGUGGAGCAGAACUUUGAGGAGCAGAACUGUGAGGAGCGGCCUCCCUCCAAAAAGAAAAAGCUUAAAAAGCACAAAAAGGAAACCGAGCUAUUAAACGGCCACGAGCCAUCUGAGGAUCAAACUGUAAAAUCAGAGGUUGUUCCAAAAAAGAAAAACAGAGAGGAGGAGGAGGGCGAUGUUGUAGUGGUAGAGGAGAAGAAACCCAAAAAAAACAAGAAAAAGAAGAAGAAACGCCAAGAAUAGGUGGAGUCAGGGGUAUGGAUUAGUAGUCUCCAAACUCAUACUUAUGGAAAUGUCUUAUGAUCUAAUCGAAACUAAAAACUUGUUUAAUUUAAACCAACAUGAAGAAAAAAGGUUUGAUAUUUGAUCCCAAUACCCAGUAAAGCCACUAAGUUGUACUGGUGGACACACCAUGGCAGUGCCUUUCUCAUCUGUCACAGAAAACAAGCCUCUAAAAUGUUGAACUAUCCCUUAAAUUUUCAACAAGCCUAUUUCUGUAAUGUAAUGUCUAAACUAUAUUAAUAGAGAGACUGACAGAUAUUUAACAGUCUUUAAAACUAGAAUGGCACCCGGUAGAACCUCUGUCAAGGCCGAACAAUCUUAAAGUUAAGAAAAUUCCGGAUCAGCCCUUUAAUCCAAAUUCACACCAAAAUUGAAUUGGUUACUUUCAGGUGCAGGUCCCAACCCUCCACCAAGUUUUGUAGAAAUUGGUCUAGUAGAUUUUACAUAAUCCCGCAGACAAUUUUAUAAAAAUCUGUGAUACGUCAUCUGAAUAAACUAAAAUUUCUAAUAUUCUACCAACUGUUCUUCCAUCUUUCUUUUCUUUUUUUGCCAGCAUGUUUUUAUGUCUUUGUCAAUUUCUUGAAUCAAGAGAUAUCUCUUCAUAUUGUUAAAGCAACACAGUGAGUUUUCAGCUUUGGUAAAAACUGAAGCAGAAGCACAUUGAAAUGAAUAUUUGAUGUUAUGUUAUGAACAGAUAUAAUGUGAUGGUGCUUUGCCCUCUCAUCAGAUUCAUGAACUGUAGGCAAAUCCACUUUUAAAUAAAUCCAAAUGAUUG